AUGGUGAAGUUCGCACCCUUGUCCGUGCCAUGGGAGCGCAGGCUGCAGACCCUGGCGGUCCUGCAAUGGGUCUUCAGCUUCUUGGUCCUGGGUCAGCUCUGCAUUGCGGUCUUCAUAGGCCUCCUGUUCACAAGAUUCUGGUUAUUCAGUGUCCUGUAUGCAACCUGGUGGUACCUGGAUAGAGACAAGCCUUCGAAGGGUGGCAGGCGCUUCCAGGCCUUAAGACGCUGUGUCACAUGGAAGUACAUGAGGGACUAUUUCCCUGUCUCGCUGGUCAAGACUGCUGAACUGGACCCCUCCCGGAACUACAUUGCUGCCAUCCACCCCCACGGGGUCCUGGCCACCGGAUCCUUUCUCAACAUGUGCACUGAGAGUACGGGCUUCUCUAAGCUCUUCCCUGGCAUCUGCCCCCACCUGAUGAUGCUGAAUCUGUGGUUCCGGGCCCCCAUCUUCAGGGACUACCUCAUGUCAGGGGGUCUCGUCACAUCAGACAAGGAGAGCGCCGAUUACAUUCUGAACAGGAAAGGCAGCGGCAACCUGCUGGGCAUCAUUAUUGGGGGUGCCCGGGAGGCACUGGACGCCAGGCCCGGGGCCUACACACUGCUCCUGCGCAACCGCAAGGGCUUCGCCAAGCUUGCCUUGAUGCACGGGGCAGCUCUGGUGCCAGUCUUCUCCUUUGGGGAGAAUGACUUGUAUGACCAAAUUGAGAACCAUCCUGGCUCCUGGUUGCGCUCGAUCCAGAACCGGCUGCAGCAGAUCAUGGGUAUUUCCCUCCCGCUCUUCCAUGGCCGUGGCAUCUUCCAGUAUAGCUUUGGUUUAUUACCCCACCGCCGGCCCAUCACCACCGUGGUGGGGAAGCCCAUCGAGGUGAAACAGGUACGGCAACCCUCUCAGGAGCAGGUGGACAAGCUGCACCAGCACUACCUCAACGAGCUGUACAACCUCUUUGAAGCCCACAAGCACAAGUACAAUGUCCCUGCGGACCAGCACUUGAAGUUCUACUGA